CCUGCUUGGCCUGGAGGAGGCAGAGUCACCCACAGCUCCCCUGGCCGUCAGACUGGCCCGGGACAGUGUGACACAGAGCAGCACUGCAGGCACACAGCCCCUCAGCCAGGGGCAAUUCUUGAGCAGCUGACACCCCAGCUGCCCCUGGCCCAGCAGGCCAAGGCCAAGGCACAGCAGGGCUGUGGAGUGCAGCUGGGAUGCUGGCCGAAGGCUUGGCAGGUCCGGAAAUGCCAUGGCAGGAUCCCCAGACUUGGUGAGGCAGAGGCAGACAGGGCAGGUGGCAGCUGCCAACAUCGGCCAGCACGAUGGCCAGCAGCACGCGGCCGAGUCUGAGCGGCUCCGGAAGGCCAGGCUGCGCGUGGAGAAGGCCAUUAAGGUGAGGGCUCGAUUUCACACUGCCCCGGGAUGGCACGUGCCUGCGCUGGUGCACCUGUGCUCAGGUGGGCAGGCUGAGCUCGCUGCUGUCCCGCAGGAGAAGAAGAUCUUCACAGUGCACGGCCCUUACCCCGUCAUCCGCCGGCUGCUGCGCGCCCGCGGCUGGGUGGAGAGGAAGCUGCCCCUCAAUGGCAAGCAGCUGAAGCAGCAGCCUGGCGACCAGAGGAAACAGCAGCCGGAGAAGAGGGCAAGUGGUGGCGGUGAUGAGCAGGGGGAGGCAGGGCUGAACCCACAUGGUGGGGCACAGCCUUCCUCGGGCACCGCAGAGCCUCUGCAACACCCAUGUGGCACAGCACACGAUAGGGAGAACAAGGGGGAAAGGGAAGAUGAAGACAAGGAGGAAGACCAGGAGCAGUGCAGUGAGGACUCUGAAGACAUCCAUGACCUCAUGUCCUUCCUGGUGCAGGACCAGGUGCCAAACUUCCUCUGGACCAUUCGCCUGAGCAGCGUUGACCAGGAGCUGCUGCCGAGGAUUGAGGUGGUGAACCGCUAUCCCCGGCUGGCCGCGCUUUGCACCAAGGAGGGGCUGUGCCAAAACCUGCAAAACUUGUCCUGGUUUGAGCAAAUAGACUUCAACACCUUUUUCCCCCGGUGCUACCGGCUGGGGUUCAUGGACGAGGAGCAAGCCUUCACUGAGGAUUUCCGCCUGACAGCAGCUCGCAGCCUUCUCAAACUGGCCCUGCAGAAGGUCGGGGACAGGCCCGUGGGGACAGAGCAGCUCCCAAAACCCGACGAGGUGCCAGCAGGGCCGCGCUCCCCCCUGUAUCCCCAGCUGGUGGAGGAGGCCCUGAAGGUCUGUGAGCAGCACCUGGGAGUCCUGAGGCACCAGGACAUCGACAGGAACACCCCAUCGCCCUGCCGCACAUGCAUCGACUGGGACCGCUUCCUGCUGGAAUACUACCGUGUGGCACAUGAGGGGACCGGGCUGGUGCUGGGCAGGGAGCAGCGGGAGCGGUGCCAGGACCUGCUGCAGCGGCUGGAGGAGAAGCUGCCGCAGCUCGGCAUAGAGGGCAACCUCAACAUCUGGAUCGUCAAGCCCAGCGCCAAAUCCCGCGGCAGGGGUAGGCUGGGGAAGCAUGGGGCACAGACUCCCCGCGGAGGAGGGAUCUCAGCAUCCCUGUGUUGCCCAGGCAUCAUGUGCGCCACGCGGCUGGAGGAGGUGCUGGAGCUGGCGCAGAGCUGCACGGGCCCCCCGGUGCAGAUGUGCGAGUGGGUGGUGCAGAAGUACGUGGAGCGGCCGCUGACCAUCUUCAACACCAAAUUCGACAUCCGGCAGUGGUUCCUGGUGACUGACUGGAAGCCACUGACUGUCUGGUUCUACCGAGACUGCUACCUGCGCUUCUGCUCCCGGCCCUUCUCUCUGUGUCACCUGGAGCCCGCCAGGCACCUCUGCAACGUCUCCAUCCAGAAGCGGUACAAAACAUCACAGCCGGACCCCCGCGUGCCCCCCGACAAGAUCUGGUGCAACAAGCAGUUCCAGGCCCACCUGGCACGCCUGGGGCGGGCGGGUGCUUGGCAGCGGGUGACGGUGCCCGGCAUGAAGGCGGCGAUCCUGAACGCCCUGCGCUGCACCCGGGACCAGGUGGGCUCCCGCAAGGGCAGCUUUGAGCUCUUCGGGGCCGACUUUCUCAUCGGGGAGGACUUCCAGCCCUGGCUGCUGGAGGUCAACUCCUGCCCCACCAUGAGCCCCUCCUCGGCGGUGACACGCCGGCUGUGCGCCAACGUGCAGCGGGACACGCUGCGCCUGGUGAUCGACCGCAAGGACGACCCCUCCUGCUCCAUUGGUGCCUUUGAGCUCCUCUACAGGGAGGCAGCCGUGUCCUCGUGUCUGACUGCGGGGCUGAAGCUGAUGGUCACAGGCUGUUCCCUGAAGAAGGCCCAGCCAGCAAAGCAUCGAUCCAAGGACAGGCUCCCCAGCACUGUUGCCCCCGCCCCAGGAAGCGCCCAGGAGGCCCUGGCGACCCCCAGGGCCCGGGAGCCGUGGAUUGGCACAGCUCAGUCGGCCGGGAGGGCAGCCCCAGGCUGCUCGGUCCCGCACAGUUCUGCCCCCGAUCAAGGCCCGUCCCCCGGUGCGGGGGCCCGUGCCACAACCCCGCGGAGCGCCCAGCAGACCCUGGCGACCCCCGGGCUGUGCACGGGCCCCUGCAGGAGUUCCUGCCAGGCCAGCGCGCCUGCCGGCGCUGUGACAGAGCACCGCACCCCCAGCCCUGCCGGGAACACAGGACACGCCAGCUCCCAAGGGGUGCAGGGACCUGGGACACAGAGACAGCCCCCAGCGACAGCGCCCUGCCCGUCCUGCGCGGGCUGA